CAGCACGGCGAUGCACUGUGUCCCUCGGACACAGCGGAUCACCGAUCUACGGAAAGAGCCGAAGAUGUCGGCUUGGUCAUGUGACCAGCUGUGUCCAAUCACAGCUGAUCACAUGGCACUGAUAAUCAGUGUGGCCCCAGAAGUGCCACUUGACAGUGUCCAUCAGUGCCAGCUGCCAGUGCUGAACAGUGCCACAUCAAUGCCACAUAUCAGUGCCUACCAGUGCACAUCAAUGCCACAUAUCAGUGCCCAUCUGAGCUGCCUUUCAGUGUCACCCAUCAGUGCCACCUAUCAAUGCCAAUCAGUGCCACCUAUCAGUGCUGCCAAUCAGUGCCACCUAUCAGUGCCAGUCAGUGCCGCCUAUCAGUGUGCAUCAGUGCCUCCUAUCAGUGCCCGUCAGUGCCACCUAACAGUGCCAGUCAGUGCCGCCUAUCAGUGCCAUAUAUCAGUG